AUGUUUAAAAAUUGCAUUUAUCCUUGUAUUGGAUUUUUUAGUAUUGUUGGAAGAAUAUUCAUAUUUUUUUGUUUUUGGUGGGCAUUUGAUGGAGUUGAAGAAGCUUUUAGUGAUAAACGUUUAGGAUAUUAAAAUGAAUUCUAUGCAUGGCAAUCACCUCCUAUUUUUAAAAUAUAGUAAUUAUUUUCAAAUCCUGAAUGUCCUAUAGGAGUAUGAUAAAGUGAUUAAUAUUAGACUUCACUGCUAUAUAACUAUAUAUGGGCAGGGAGAAAAUCGUUUACAUAAGAUGAAAUUUAAUAUAAAAGUAUUAGACCACACUAAUUCAAAUAUUGGGUAUAUGAAGCAUUUCCAACUAAAAAAUUUAUACUUUGUGCAACAGUAGGAUUGAAAAAUGAAACUUAUGCUGAGUUUGGAAGAGUAAAAAAAACAUGUGAAGAGAGAUAAAUGAGAUCUUGUAGUUAAGGGAGGUUUUGUGUUCCAGCUACAUAUUAAUAUUGUCCAAUUACAAAAAUUGAAUUUGAUGAAUAAGGUCUUUUAAAGACUGAAAUAGAUCCAGAAGAAAUGCCUAUCGCUUAUUUUAAGAUUGAUACUUAUUUUGUUAGUGGUUUAAAUAAUAAAGAUUAAAAUUUAUAUCCAGGUUAACCAUAAGAUGAUCAACUUGAACAGAAAUUUAAAUCUGUAGAUAUUGAAAAUAAGGAUGAUACAUUUAUACCUUUAAAUACUAUUAAUGAUAAAUUAUUUUAUUCAAUCAACUCCGCUUCUGAUUUUGAUAGAACUAUCAGUGAAAAUUAUAAUAAGACACUAUUUUAUAGAAGAUAUAAAGAAUGGUAAUAUGAUGCAUUGGGAGAUUUAUUUGAUUAUGCUUAUCAUAUUUUUGAUUCUUUAGAUGAUAUAAUUAUCUUAUCAAGUUCUGGUACAAUAACUUCAUUAAUUUAUUUAUUACUGGUUUGCUACAUUUAUCCAGCAAUUCCUGUAGUUUUAAGGUUUAUUAGUGCAUUGAAAGCAGAAAAUUUAUUAAUUUGGGACAUACUUACUAGAAUGAUUUUGCUUUUUUCAAUGCUUGCUUAAUCAUUAUAUGUUAUUAAAUAAUGUGAAGAUGUUUUAAAAUAUUCAAAUCUAUUAUUAAAAAACGAUUAAAUUGUUGGAUUUAAAGUAAGCUUCUUAUUAUAACAAAAAGGACUAAUAUGAUGGUGUAUUAGAAUUAAUAGAUAGUCAAGAACCUUAUCACAUUAUUUCGAUUGUUGUAUCAUUAGGAUUUUUAGGAGUUGAGGUUACCUUAUGGUUAAUAAUCGGUUUAAAAGCUUGCUUUAUUUGGAUAAUGAAAAUUUAUAAAUAAUUAUAAUUUAAAAAAUAGAUUAAGGAUGAGAUUAAAUAGGAAGAAGAUCUUGAGAAUUUAAAUUAAUUAAAUUCAAAAUAAGUUAAUGUAGAAUAACAAAAAUUAAAUUGA